UCGCGAUUAUUCAUUCAUAUCGAAAGAGAUUUAAAAUUCCAAGUUCUAACUAGAUCUUCAUUGUUUGUAGCUUGCUGACACAUGUCACCAGUUCAUUGACACAAAUUACUAUUUUUUUAUAAUCACGCGAUUUAGUAAAUAAUGCAGUCGGACAAUCGCUUUAAUUGGCAAACAAAAAAAUUGACAUAUUUCAUAGAAUGCUCUAAAAAUUGUUAAACAUCGGGGAAAAAGAACUCACUCAUAAGUGGAAAACAUCCGGUGAAAUCAAUGAGCAUAAACCGGAGAGUCUCGAGUCAAAAAUCAUCAUUUGAUGUUUUGCGCGAGCGCAAGUGUCAUUAUGUUGAUGUUAAACUUUCGUGAAAUAUAAUCCCCAUUUAAUAAGCAACGAUGCUGUUGUUGAUAAUAAAAGUAGAAGCUCAGAUUAUUAAAAGUAUCACGCUAUGCUGAAGCGCUGUUGCUAAGAAUUCAAUCGCUCAACGAGAUGAUUAAACUAUCAAUGCGUAAAAUUUAAAUUGAAAAUUCAUAAAAAUUAUUAUUAGUGCACAUAACAAAUCGAGAACUCUCAAGUGAAGGCAGACUCGUCGUUCAUAAUGAAAAUGUUUUUGACCUAUGAUGAUGUGUUUUCCGUAGAUAUCGUAGAAUAUUUUUUCCCUGUAAACAAAACUUAUGAAACAACAAGCUGGGUACACAAUAAAGCACAUUAAACUUAAUACAGGUGCAACAAACAUCAAUUACCUAUUAUUUUGUGUUUCCUUUAUGCCUGGGAAUGAUCAAUAAAUUAGGUUAAACGAUUUUUGACGAAUCAUGUUGGAUCAAAC